UACAAAGACGAACACAGCCGACUUGAAGCUUCGGCAGUGUCGAAAAGACACCCUAAUAGCAGGUCGCUACGUUAAGUGCUACAAAUUUAUUUUAUUUUGGUUUUCAAAAGCUACAGUCUUGCUUUUGAAAAGCAAGCAAGUUACUGGAUCCUGGCUGUGACCCAAGAGGCAUUCGUAUUUGUCAACCGAAACCCUGUGACUGGAACAGAGGGGGAAGUUGGCCUUUCCGUUUCCAUUGGCUGCCCACAGAGCUCAGCGCAUCAUGUCAGCUCCAGGUUACCCAUCUCCUAACCAGCCCCCCUACCCCAUGCCCCAGCCAGGGGGUUACUCCAUGCCCCCGUACCCAGUGCCGCAGGGGGGUUAUGGGGAACCCGGUCAGGCCCCACCGCCCGCUGGUUUUCACAUGGGCUACCAGCCUCCCCCAGGGCAGCCCGUGGUGUACCAGCCAGGCCCGGUGAGCCCUGCCCCUCAUCAGGGGCCCAUGCCUGUUCCCGAAUAUGGCGGAGGCAACAUAGGUGUCCCUGCGGCUGUCUCUCCUGCCCCAGCCGUCUCUGUCCCUGUGGGGGUCCCGCCUGGCUUGGAGUACCUCACGCAGAUUGAUCAGAUCUUGAUCCACCAGAAAGUUGAGCUGCUGGAAGCCUUCAUUGGCUUUGAGACAAACAACCAGUAUGAAAUCAAGAACAGCUUGGGCCAGAAGAUCUACAAGGCCAAGGAGAAGAACGACUGCUGCACCCGCAACUGCUGCGGCUCUCUGCGCAGCUUCGACAUGAAGAUCAAGGACAACAUGGACAGGGAGGUCAUUCGGCUGGUCCGGCCGUUCCGGUGCGCCUCCUGCUGGUGCCCCUGCUGCCUGCAAGAGCUGGAAGUUCAAGCUCCACCUGGCACCACUGUGGGCUAUGUGGUUCAGGACUGGCACCCCUGCAUCCCCAAAUUCUCCAUCCAGGGGGCGUCGCAUGAGACCCUCAUGAAGCUGGAGGGGCCUUGCUUCGCCUGUAACUGCUGUGGGGACGUCAACUUUGAGCUUAAGGGGAAGGAUGGUGGAAAGCCGAUUGGCCGGAUCAGUAAACAGUGGAGUGGACUGCUGAAGGAGGUCUUCACCGACACAGACAACUUCGGCAUCCAGUUCCCCAUGGACAUGGACGUGAAGAUGAAAGCUGUGCUGAUGGGAGCCUGCUUCCUCAUCGAUUUCAUGUUCUUCGAGAAGGUCGGGGACACGAACCAGCGCAACACUGUCUUCUCGUGAGGAGAGGAAGAGAGAGAAAAGAGGAAGAGACGGAGAGAAAGGGAGAGAGAGAAAAAUGCACUAUAGCUCGUACCAGACAGACUCUCUCUUCAGAUGCACUCCAUUUUCCCACGCCCUGUGGAAACCCCGCCCUUUUCCCCGUCCGUAAGAGAGACCCCGCCCCCUUUUCUCUGAUCCAGGCAGAAUUUCCCCUGUUCCCUGCCUCCGCGGAAAAGUCUUCCCUUCCUCGGCCGUAGGAAGUCUGAGCCCCCGUGUGAUUGCAGGUGAAUCCAGCUGAAUAUUUCUACCUGACAGGAAACACAGGGUCACACUUCCUCAGUGUCGCUCUGUGUGUGUGUGUGUGUGUCUGUUCCUGUAUCCAUCUACAUACGUAGCCUUAAGUAUGGAAAAAAUUACAUUCCUCAGCAUGCUGUUUAGCCUCGGAACUACACAUGUAAGCAAUGUAGCCAAUGAUAUUUCAGUUAAUUUACUAAUAAGUCCCUAUUCUCUCAUUAACACCAUUAUCGCCAUUUUAUGUCAUUAUGGUUUCAUAGGAUACAUGUGUUAGUGAUCUUGGUUUUCAUUGGUAUUUUUUUUUUUUUUUUUUUUUUUUUUUUUUUUACUUCUGCCAGAUUGUGUCAUAUGAGAGCGUGCAUCAAGUUUCCAUUCAAAUGCCAAGGAUAACAAAAUUGCUUUAGUGUAUAAAUA